AUGGUGGUGAUCGUGGUCGCCUUGAGUGAGACAGACGAUCAUUCGGUAGCAGAAUCUGAACCGACUCAGAUAAUGGUAGCAGUGAACGAGUCGUCAAUCAAAGGAUACCCACAUGGCAUCCAUCAGCAGCAGCGGUGCAUUCGAUUGGACACUCCAAAGAUCAUCUGCUCCAACUCCUCCGGCUUGAAGCUCCUCUUCCUCCACGUUCAAGUCCCUGACGAUGAUGGGUUUAAUGACAUGGACGUCAUUUAUGCAUCACCUGGAGAUUUUCACGAUAGAGGGCUUCACUUGCUGGAGUGCUUUGUUGGGAGGUCUCAUGAAAUUGGGGUUUCUUGUGAAGCAUAG